CACGUGUCAUGUGAGUUACGGUGGCAGAUCCAGCGUCGAAGCAGUUCUCCAGAUGGAACGAUGCUGGAGUGGUCGCAUUGUUGCAGAAGCACGCCGACAACUCGCGGGCUCACUUCCCAAGUUGCAGCCUUACCCAACGACCUGUGCUCAUGAUGGACGCCUUUUCGCUGGACGAAAUCCUCUUCUUGGGAGAUACCUUGCUCCUCGAAGCGCAGCAACAAGCACAGAUGCAGCAACUUCACGCCGCGUCAUCGACGGCAGCACCUUCUCAAGACUGCUUCUUCCACCUUCCCAACAUGACUGCCGUCAGCACCCCGCAAAACACUAUUCCGCAGCGGCCAUCGGUCGCUCCGCUUGAAAAGCCCACAAGAAGCAUGCUCUCGCGACCUUCUUUGGACGUAGUUCCUUCUCUCCACUCCGAAACUCCCAUGCACAAGAAGGACUCGUUCCUCGUCCGAUCCGAGCAAAUGUACAACAAUGCGUCGACCCCGUAUUCAAACUGCGGCACUCCUUACUCGAACUGCGGCACGCCGUAUUCGAACUGCAGGACACCAUACUCGAACUGCGGUACACCCUACGCGACCUGCGGGACGUCGUACUCGAACUGUGGCACACCUUACUCGCAAUGCGGUACCCCUUACUCCCAGUGCGGCACUCCUUACUCAUCGUGUGGAACUCCGUACAAUGCUGGCGGGUCGACCCCCAAGGGCAUUUGCCGCAUUCCCAACUGUACCAAACGCAUUCGAUCCAAAGGUCUUUGCAAAGCGCAUGGCGGCGGUCGCAAGUGCAGUGUUGAAGGAUGCGGGAAAGGUGCGCAAAACGGCGAAUUCUGUAUUGGACAUGGUGGCGGCAAGCGUUGCUCGUUUGAAAACUGCACCAACGCCGCACAAUCCCAAGGUUUGUGCAAGGCGCAUGGCGGUGGUUCGCGCUGCAAGGCCGAGGGAUGCAUCAAGAGCUCGCAAGGUCGUGGAUACUGCCGGUCUCACGGCGGUGGUCGUCGUUGCGAGGCUGCAGGGUGCAUGAAGGGUGCUCAACGCGGCAGUUUUUGCGCCACACACGGUGGCUUCCGAUCUUGUCACGAAGAGAACUGCACACGAACGGACCGGGGCGGAGGGUACUGCGAAGUUCAUCGUCGUGGCAAACUGUGCACCGUUGCCGACUGCAAGAAGCUCCAAAAGUCCAACGGCAUGUGCACAGCCCACAUCCGCGAGAUGCAGGAAGAAGCCGCCGCUGCUGCAUCGACCAACCCCGCCGGUACUACCCCUCCUUAACGUAUUUCCGCCUUCCCUUCGUGCGGUCGCCUGUAAUAAUAAUAUUUCAAUUCUAUUAAUAU